CGGCACCAACAUGCCCGCCCCAAAACGCAUACAUGCAAUUCUUCCUAUAUCUUGCGCGUGUAGGGUUUGGGAUGCCUGGCGGGUGCAUCCUGAAUGUUCCAUGUAAAGCAAGAAUUGAUUUCGUUUUCCUUCGGGCCAGCAACACUGGCUUAGCGCUGAAGAUUCAAUUACAAAAGGCAGUAAGAUGGGGAGACCAGUGCUUAAAGCACAGGGGUAUUGACUGAUAUUGCCAGGCGUUCAUUGCUUUCCUUGAAUGCAUUUCUACAUGUUGAAAUCUAAGCGUGAAGGUUCCAAUUUUUUGUGGCUGGUGCCACUGGUCUCGCCAUGGCGGGGCAUACGUGCAUGCAUUGCAGCUUCAUCGGUGAGCGGGGCAAAUGCGAACGGCCCGGCACACAUCAUGCACCCUAUUGUCCGAGAUUUCUGGCGCGCUGCAAGUUCUGCAACUGCAGGGGCGGCUACGAACGUGUUACGAAGGAGCAUGGCCAGCAUCGAAGUUUCUGUCCACGCUUUCGAGGCAAGUGCAAAAUGUGCGGGGUGACUGGGGCCUACGAAGAAAUCGCAAUGACGAGCCCUUUCCACAAGACUUUCUGUGAGAGGUUCUCAGAGAGGUGCCAUUUUUGCGGUGCUCCUGAUGGUGCAAUCCAUGGUGGUCAUCACCAGGUGAAAUGCUCCCGCUUUCGUGGCGAGUGCAAACAUUGCAAUUUGGUGGGAUCGUCAUGGUAUGUGACGACGCAUGGCCGACAGCAUGCAGAGGGAUGUCCACGGCGAUGGGAUGGUGGACUGGAGCUGCAGCUCGAUGAAGACACACGGCCCCGAACAUCAUCUGUUCUGGCUUCUGUGUGAAACAGGCUUGUUCCGCUUGUCCUGCGUCAUGACGCCCUGCAGGUGCUUAUAGGAAAAAAAGCUUGGGUCACGGGCCGGCCAAAGAAUUUUCGCCGCAACUGUGACAAGAAUGUUUGUCCCAAAGACGGACUUUUGUGCCAUGGGUUUCAAGUUUCAAUCGGAUUUAAUUGCAGAGUUUGCCAUAAGCUCAAGGCUCUUCAUGGCUCAUGGUGCACUUUUUUCCAAGCUGAACCCAAGACAAUGGUCAGAAUGUGUUUCUCCAAAGGAGAAAAUUAAGGAGCAUAAUCAGGAAAGCAAUUCAAAAA